AUGGCGUUUCCCGAAGCCAUCACGGGAGGAUGCCUCUGCGGCUCGAUUCGCUACUCGAUAUCUGCGUCUACCGAAACACCAUGGCCGCCUCAGUCAUCAACUUGCCAGUGCACCAUGUGUCGCAAGUGGACAUCAUCCCUCAUAGCCCAAUUCAUCAUCGUGCUCCCCUCCCAGAUCGAGCCGGCGUUCGGCAGCCAUGAAACCUUUGCGGAGUACGAAUCGUCGCCAGGCCGCUACAGAGGAUUCUGCAAGCGGUGCGGGACGUCGCUGGUUUGGCGGUCGACAGACGACGGCAGCACAGUCGACGUCUUCUUGGGGACGGUGGACGAGAAGUGGCUCGUCCAUGAGGAUGGCGGCAAGGUCGGACAAGCGUUGGCGAGGCCGAAUGGGACGCAGUUUUGGAUGGAAAAUGCUGUUCCGGGCGUGACUGAUUUGGUCAAGGGGGGCAAGGAGUUUCCAAGGGAAGGGGAGGAUGGAUGGGAGAGGAAGAAGGAAUAG